GGCUAAAUGCCCAAGGGGGAUGGAGUGAAGGGGCACUCGGGAAAGGAAAAUCUGAGCGGAUUCAGCGUUGUGUGUGUGUGUGUGUUGGGGGGGGGGGGUCUGAAAGGACCUGGCUGCUAGAGGAAAGGUCGUUGGGACCUCCGAGUGAUGUUGGCCGAGCUCAUGAUGGCAGGAUUAAGAGCCUUGUGUUGUGUGGCUUCCGGGAGCCUGGGGACUCCGUCUUAGAGACAAGAUUGGGUGCAAGAGGUGACAGUCCAUGGAGGAGCCGGAUGCUAGCGUGCCAGCCCUAGAACCAUUCCGAGUGGAGCAGGCACCGCCUACAAUCUACUAUGUCCCUGACUUCAUCUCCAAGGACGAAGAGGAAUAUUUGUUGCGACAGGUUUUCAAUGCCCCCAAGCCAAAGUGGACCCAGCUGUCUGGGAGGAAGCUACAGAACUGGGGUGGGCUCCCCCACCCCCGGGGGAUGGUCCCUGAGCGGCUGCCCCCAUGGCUCCAGCGCUACGUGGAUAAGGUGUCAGACCUCAGCCUUUUUGGGGGUCUCCCGGCGAACCAUGUCCUCGUGAACCAGUAUCUGCCUGGGGAGGGCAUUAUGCCCCACGAGGAUGGACCACUAUACUACCCGACCGUCAGCACCAUCAGUCUGGGCUCCCACACCGUGCUGGAAUUCUAUGAGCCACGGCACCCGGAGGAUGAUGCCCCUACAGAACAGCCCCGGCCCCUACCCAGGCCCAUUGCUUCACUGCUGUUGGAACCACGCAGCCUGCUGGUGCUCCGUGGCAGCGCUUACACACGUCUCCUCCACGGCAUUGCGGCCACCCGCGUGGAUGUGCUUGAGGCCACCUCUCUGCCAUGCAAUGCUGCUGCCUGCCCAUCAGCAUUGCCUGGAGCCCGCCUGGACCGUAGCACCCGUGUCUCAUUGACCAUCCGUCGUGUACCCCGCGUGCUGCGUACCAGCCUCCUGCUCAGCAAGUGACUGUCACACUCCAGGACCUACUGGGAUUCAUGGGUUAUGUUCCCUGUGGUCUGGCUGUACCCCUGGAACCUUGGAAGUCUGGGACAGAGGUGGAUCCCUGCUGGGUGAUUUUUCCAUUGACUUUUGGGGGAGCCACAGAAGAUUUCAUUCCCAAUAAACCAAGCAUACCUUUC